UUUUUUAAAAAAAAAACAUUCAAUAUAAAGAAAAAAUAAAUAUGAAUAUAGAACCUCAAAUAAAAGCAACAGAUAUGGAAGAAGAUAUGGUUAAACGAGUAAAAGAAAUAUCAUUAUCAGCAAUAAAAGACUUUAAAUAAGAGAGAUAAAUAGCAAAUUAUAUUAAAUAAGUUUUUGAUAAAUAAGAUGGAUACGGUUGGAAUUGCAUUGUCGGAAGAAAUUUCGGUUCACAUAUUGUUCAUUAAACCAAAAAAUAUUGCUUUUUUUAAAUAAAUGAAUUGCAAUUACUUUUAUGGAAAGCUUGA